AUGGAUUUUUAAUUGCCUAAGAGGUAUGGACUAAAUAAACCUACUUUUAAAAUGAUGUACAGUAUAUCCUAAUAAGGGCUGGCUAACAUUUUGCUAAAUUUGAUUCCUCACUCAAACCACUCAAAAAUCUAAACACAUUCAUUGAUCUCUCUAAACCUAUUUAAGAACUUAAUUAUAUAGAACAUAGGAAGGUUCGUCAGAUUAUGCAACAUCUCAAAUUCUAAUCUUAGAGUCGUAAAUUCAUCAAUCAUUAGGAUGAAUAGAUUGCAGCCAUAAGUUAACAAUUAGAAAUGGAAUUAGAAAAUCUAGCAAGAGAAGAUUCUCCAACACCUUAAGUAGAUUUAGUCAAACUCAAAUUUCCAUCAGAAAUGCAAACUAAAUUUGUACAUGAAUCAGCAGCUACUCUCGAAACUCAUUAUAAUCUACAUCGAAUCAAAGAAAAAAUGAAUCAUCGUAAUAUUACUUUAACAGAAAGUGAUCUACUUAAUAAAAUUACACAAAUUAACUUCUAAACUGCAAGAAACACAGACACUAAAGAAUUUUAUCAUAAUUUUAGUAGUUCUCAUCCUAGAUUAAAAAAAGAAUAGAAAUAAUUGAGUCUUGAUCAAAAAUACUAAAUACUUAAGGAAUAUUUAAAACAAAGAGGUAUAGUAGUAGGAAGAAAAGAAUCUAUUCCUAAUGAAGGAUAUUUACAAUUUUAUCAUGAAGCUACUAAUAGAUUAAUUAAAUAAACUAAAGAACAAUAACUUUUAAAAUUUAGAAAGAGUAUUACUUUAAAGACUGCACCUGAUAAUUAAGAUCAUUCUCCUAAUAAAAAAAUGAGUGUUACAAAAAUAACAACAAUACCUACUACUGUAGGAACAACACCUGCUUUAAUUGGUAUAACUCCUAGUAAUUUUACUAUGCUUCAUUAAUCCUUAAUUAAAUUGAAUGCAGGAUAGAAUAGUUCUCCAGUUUUUAUUUCUCAUAGACAUAGAACAGAAAGAGAGAAAUCACCUGAAAAACCUUAUUCAGAAAAAUGGUAGGAUUUUUAGAAUAAAACAGAAGCUUUAUAAAGUUAUUAUCUUCAUGAAGGAAAGGAAUGUUUAUAAACUUUAGAAGAUUUAGAGAAUACUAUAGAAAAACCUUACUUGAGACAUUUUAAUUAAAUUAUCAAAGUUGAAUAAGAAUAAGGGAAUUUAGAAGAAGAAUAAAAAUAAAAUAAAAUAAUGAGAAAAAGAAAAUAGAAUUUGCCAAAAAAAAUAAGAAUGUAGAAGAUCUUCAAAUCUGAAUUAUAGUGA